GGGAGGAAAUCCCCGUGGGACGAACCUGCCCAGGGGCUGGGCGAGACAAAGCGGUGUUUGUCCCAGCGAACAAGGAAGCUGGGCCAGCCCCACGCCCGGGAGCCACGUAUUCCAAUGGCCGCGGCCGUCCCGCCAUCCCUGCCUUCACCGGGGUCAGCGGCCGGCUCCCGUCCUCGCCACGCUGCCCGCCGGCGUACGGGGUGCCGAGCCGCCGCUCGAGGCGGCCGGAGGCUGGAGGAGCUCGAGGCACGGCCAGCCCCUCGCCGCGGCACCGCUCGCCCUGCCGCCGCCUCAACGCCUGCCGAGGACGUCGCGGCAGCCUCCUCCGACCCGCCGGCUUCCCCGCGUCACCGGGGACCCCCAGGCAGCCCCCUUGCUCUCCUUCUCCUCGCCUCGGCACCGGGUCCUCGCCGGUCCGCGGGCAGCUGCCUGCAAACAAGCGGCUUUUUUUUUCUGGCCGCGUCCUUCGGGUGCCGGUGCUUCCCUGGAGCCGCGGAGCCGGUGCCCAGUGCGCUACGGAGCAGCUGGACCGGGCACUGCCGCUCUCCUCUCCCUGUAUGCUCCGAACCAGGAGUUUCGCCACCCUCGGACGCGCCGGUGCCACCGUGCUCUGGCCUAGCCGUGCGUGCCGCGUCCCCGUGCCGUGUCCCCAUCCACCCGCAGGUGCCCAGCCAGGGGUUCCCCCCCCCCGCAGCCGCCACGCUGGCCCCGGCAGGGAGCCUGGAGGUGUGGGUGCCGGAGCGGCUCACCUUCAGCCUCUGGGACUACGGGGUCUUCGGGCUGAUGCUGCUGAUCUCCACCGGCAUCGGGCUCUUCCACGGCCUCGUCAAAGGCGGCCAGAAGACCUCGGAGGAUUUUUUCACGGGGGGACGACGGAUGUCGGCGCUGCCCGUGGGGCUCUCGCUCUCGGCCAGCUUCAUGUCGGCCAUCCAGGUGCUGGGGGUGCCGGCGGAGGCUUACCGGUACGGAGCCAAAUUCCUCUGGAUGUGCCUGGGGCAGCUGCUCAACACGCUGCUCACCGCCCAGUUCUUCCUCCCCGUCUUCUACCGCCUGGGGCUCACCAGCACCUAUGAGUACCUGGAGCGGCGGUUCAGCCGGAGCGUCCGGCUGUGCGGGACCCUGCAGUACGUGGUGGCCACGAUGCUGUACACGGGGAUCGUCAUCUAUGCCCCAGCCCUGAUCCUAAACCAAGUGACCGGUCUGGACAUCUGGGCAUCCCUGCUCUCCACUGGAGUCAUCUGCACCUUCUACACCACCAUAGGCGGGAUGAAGGCUGUCAUCUGGACGGACGUCUUCCAGGUCUUCGUGAUGCUCUCCGGCUUCAUCGCCAUCAUCAUCCGGGGGGUGCUGCUGGUGGGGGGUCCCGCCAGGGUGCUGGGCAUCGCCACCAACGGCUCCAGGGUGAACUUUGGCGACUUCAACCCAGACCCGCGGAGCCGGUACACGGUCUGGACCUUCGUGCUGGGCGGCACGCUGGUCUGGCUCUCCAUGUACGGCGUCAACCAGGCUCAGGUCCAGCGCUACGUGGCCUGCAGGACCGAGAGGGAGGCCAGGAUGGCGCUGCUGGUGAAUCAAGUGGGGCUCUUCUGCAUCGUCUCCAGCGCGGUGGCCUGUGGCCUUGUGAUGUUUGCGCUGUACAAGGACUGCGAUCCCCUCCUUGCUGGCUACAUCUCGGCCCCUGACCAGUACAUGCCCUACCUGGUCCUUGACAUCUUCAAGACAUCCCCGGGGGUGCCGGGGCUUUUCCUGGCCUGUGCCUACAGCGGGACCCUCAGCACGGCCUCCACCAGCAUCAAUGCCAUGGCGGCCGUCACCGUCGAGGACCUCGUCAAGCCCAGGCUGCCCACGCUGUCACCGCGGAGGCUGACCCUCAUCUCCAAGGGGCUGUCGCUCAUCUACGGCACCUCGUGCAUCACGGUGGCGGCUCUGGCCUCGCUGCUGGGCGGCGGCGUGCUGCAGGGCUCCUUCACCGUCAUGGGGGUGAUCAGCGGCCCGCUGCUGGGGGCCUUCGUCCUGGGCAUGUUCCUGCCGAUGUGCAGCACGGCCGGCGUGCUGGGGGGCCUGGCCACCGGCUUCGCCCUCUCCUUCUGGGUGGCCGUGGGGGGCACCCUCUACCCCCCCAGCGUGGCCACCAUGGGGGUGCUGCCCGCCUCCGGAGCCCUCUGCCCGCUCUACAACCGCACCGCCGGCACCAACCGCACCGUCCUCCUGGGACCCCUGCCCCCCCGCGAGGAGCCCCCAGCCCCGGCACGGCCGGCCAUCGUGGGCGAUUUCUACGCCAUCUCCUACCUGUACUACGGGGCGCUGGGGACCCUCACCACGGUGGUGGUGGGGGUCCUGCUCAGCUCCCUGCCAGGGCCGACCAAGCGGACGCGGCUGCCGCCGGGCAUGCUGUGGUGGGACAUCGCAAAGCAGACGUCCUCGGUGUCCCCCAUGGGCACCAAGACCCCCAGGAAGGAGCCCCUGGGCAAAGUGGAAGCCCCCCAAGCCCUGCUGGCGAGGCUGGAUGGGGAGGGCGGCCCCCCCCCGGGGUCCCCCCGAGCCCGGCACUGCCACCGACCUGCUGCUGCAGGAGACCCACGUGUAGGGUGCUGGGGUGACAACGCCCCCAUCGUUAAGCCCCGCCCACCCAGGUGCCAGCGGGCCACACCCUCCGAAGCCCCGCCCUCCCAGGGAAGGUGGCGGUGGCGGCGUGCUUGCUCUCCCCCGGCCUUCCCUCCGCGUUGCGGCCGCUACCGCGGACCGGGGCUGCCGUUCGGCCCGCCGCUGUCGUUCGGUCCGCCGCUCCCCGCCGCUGGGCCUGGCGCCGUGGCGUGGGCCGAGCAGGCCUUGCCCUCGACCAAGAUGGCGGCGGGGGGGGGAUGCGUUCCCUGA